CAGGAACAUCAUGUGGUCCUGGCUUGGCGGUGUCGCUGAAUCAAACAGUUGGAUCGUGGUAGGUGCUGUGUCACACAAGCAGCCACAGCUUACGUCUGUGCAAUUUUAACGCGGCAUCCACUCAGGACAGGAUAGUGACUGUGCGAACUCUGAGAGACGCGCAACUUUGUUUAUUUCUACCGACUUGACCUCGGGAUAUGAAGUAGAGCUGUUACCAGAUUUCAAAGAACGACUUGCACACUAAAACAUUUGAUUUAUUCUCGUGGGGAGUAAGACGCAUAUUUGAAAAUGAACCCUCCGUGUGCGCGCUGUGGGAAAAUUGUCUAUCCGACGGAGAAAGUCAACUGCCUUGAUAAGAAUUGGCAUAAAGGAUGCUUCCACUGUGAGGUGUGCAAAAUGACCCUCAACAUGAAGAACUACAAAGGCUAUGAUAAGAAGCCCUACUGCAAUGCGCAUUACCCAAAGCAGUCCUUCACCAUUGUGACUGACACCCCAGAGAACCUGAGGCUGAGACAUCAGAGUGAGUUACAGAGCCAGGUGAAAUACAAAAAGGACUUUGAGGAUAGCAAAGGCAGAGGCUUCAGCAUUGUAUCGGACACGCCCGAGCUGCAGAGACUGAGGAAGACACAGGAGCAGAUCAGUAAUGUGAAGUACCACGAGGACUUUGAGCGGACGAGGGGCCGAGGCUGCACCCCAGUGAUGGAGGACCAAAGCAUGGAGAGAAUGCACCACCGGAACAACCUAAUGAUGAGUGAGGCAGCCUACAAGGGAGUGCACCCACAGGUGGUGGAGAUGGACAGGAGACCUGGAGGCAUCAUCGUAGCUCCUGUGCUACCUGGGGCGUACCAUCAGAGUGCCCAGCCACAGCAGCCGGGGUACGGCUAUAUGCACCAGACCAGCAUGUCCUCUGUGAGGUCUGUGCAGUCCCCCCCAUCUGUCACCAUGAGAGUGUACCGGGCGCUCUACGACUACGCAGCACAGGACCACGACGAGGUGUCUUUCCGCGACGGUGACGCCAUCGUCAAUGCUCAGCCUAUCGACGAGGGCUGGAUGUACGGCACCGUGCAGAGGACUGGCAAAUCAGGCAUGCUCCCUGCCAACUAUGUGGAGUGCUUCAACUAAGGAACGCAUCUCAAUAGUCUUCAAAUGGUUUCCUUUCCUCUCCCCUCGUCUCCUCUCCUCCAUCUGCACUGAUGUGAAAGCAAAACGAUUGGAUAGGUGGACGAAGAUAAGGUGGACUGGAUGCCUGCUGGGAACUUGACCUCCACCAGUCCAGUUAUUUUCAUGUCACACAGUUGAAGGAGAGGAGAUGAGGAAAGUAGGCCACUGUAGAUUAUUGAGAUGCACCCAAGGGCUAGGCUUACCAUGGUUUGGUGGAGUCCUCUCCCCAAGUGUCUGUUUGAAGCCUGGUCCUGGAGGGCUACUGUACAUCAUUAGAGAUAAAGGAACUGGGUGGCGUUGUUCAAUUUGUUCUGUCUAGACUACAGGCCCAAACUAUCAUAGCCACAUUACCCGCUGAAAAUGAUCAUGUAAAAAUGUAUCAUGUAAUAAUACGUUUUGCUUUUGGUUUCAUUUAAAGCAUUGGUGGCUUGUCUUACGUUAUCAGUUCAUGAAAGAAUAUAUAUAAUUCAAUCAGAGAAUUGUAACCCUCAAAUAGGCAACAUUUAGCAGACAAAAAAAGGACCUAUUCAAUGGAAUACAGUUACCACUUUCCGGUACAAGUUGACAACAUAAUGAUUCCCACACUAGAAAGGACAUUUUAAUCCGUUAAGCAGUUUCUUUUUCUUUCACACAAUAAACAUUGUUGUGUUGACUUCAUGAUUCCAAACGUGCAUUCUUGCAGCACAAGAACAAUACUGUUUUCGACUUAUCCUGGAAAAGCGGUUAGCAGGUUUGCUUGAAUAGUGCCCAACCUCUUUCUCCAGCACCGGAAUUGGGAGGGACCCGCUUUCUUCUUGUACUCCUUUGUAUUUCAAUUAUUAUAUUUUGCAUUUAGACAUCAACACUAACCUUGUUUUAUGUACAAAGUAGGGGAGGGGAGAGGGAGUGGAGGAGAAAUUUACUUUUCAGGACAAUCCUGAGCGAUUGCCAGACAGUCAGCUGUUUAGCUUUUGUUAUCUCAUUAACACGCCGCUUCGUACUGUUUCUGUCUGAUGACAUAAGGGUUGGUUUAAACCAGCUCCACAAGUAAAUAUAGUUGAUA